AUGAGAAUCGAAUUGCUGGGAUACGACACCAAUAGAAAUGUAAAUUUACACCUCGUUUUGCUGUGCAAAUCGCUGAAUCCGAUCCGAUCCAAUGCGAUACGCCAACAAGCCGUCCAUAUCAACGAGUACGUGCAAAUGUUUCAUAGUAUGGACGAGGCGGAGGCGGUUUUCAACAAAUACAGCUCUCAACACAUUUUCCAUAUUCCCAACAUCGGAUUGGCGGUGGUGAAGGCGAGCAAAAACAAAUCGCAUCGCAAAAUUUUUAGCCAAGAAUUCUACACGCACGGCUACGGCUACAAAAUGCUGUGCGUUGCGGCGCCCUAUGGCGACGGCAAAGCGCUCCGCGAGCACUUCUCAAUCUUCGUGUGCCUCCUCAAAGGCGACAACGACGACGUGCUCGCGUGGCCGUUUCGCUGUCCGGUCACGUUCACACUGCUCGCCAACGACCCCCGAAAAAAUGUUCGCAAGGUCUACAAUCCAGCCGAUCACGCCGACGCCAAGGAAUUGUUCGAGAAGCCCGUUGGCCUUCGAAAUCCCGCAUUCGGCUUUCAAAAUUUCGUCGAAUUGAGCGCCAUCAACGAGUACGCGCUCGGCAACGAUUUUUUCAUCGAAAUCCACGUGGCGUUGCGUCCCGAUGAUCUACAACGCGGCAAACAAGUCGACUCGUCGAAAUGCCAAGGAUUCGACAUUGAUUUGUCCUCCUAA